CCAGGAUCUGGGUUCACUGCCGGGUCCCAGGAGGGCGUGGGGCAGGUGUCCAGGCUGCACGCAGCCUCGUUCCCGGUGCCACCGUCAGUGCGCCCGACACACGCGCACCCCGCAACCCCUCCCUCAACCCUUUCCCGAUGCUCAGUCGCCGCCAGCCGCGGUCGCUGCAUCCUCAGCAAGCGGCUAGAGGGAAGCAGCAGGCACGGCCGCCAGCAGAGACACCAUGUGACAGGUAUUGCUCAGUGACACGCAGCUUUGGUUAAAGAGCGGGCUCGCGGUAGGGGAGGCGACCGUGCACAGGACUCAGAGGAAUGGCCUGACUUUCCCCAUUAAAGCAUCACGAGCCAUGGACGCGCAAGGGCGACGCGCCCGCCAGUAGGAGAUGACUAAGAUUCGAGACCCUCAGCGCUGGAGCGUGUCACGAUAUUUAUUGAGCACUGACUGUGUACCACGCACUAUAUCUAUGUGCAUAGGAAAACCCUGUAAGAUCAUACUCUAGUAUAUGUACAGAGAUUGUCUCUGCUUGCUGAGAUAACAGGGGUGUCGAGCUUAUAUUUUUGCUGCUGUCCAUUUGUAAAUACGCUCAGAACAGGAGAUAUUGGACAAAUUUUUUGACUACAGGUACUUUCUAAACAUGAUGCAUUUCAAAAGUGGACUCGAAUUAACUGAGUUGCAAAACAUGACAGUGCCUGAAGAUGAUAACAUUAGCAAUGAUUCCAAUGAUUUCACUGAAGUAGAAAAUGGUCAAAUAAACAGCAAGUUCAUUUCUGAUCGCGAAAGUAGAAGAAGUCUCACAAACAGCCAUUUGGAAAAAAAGAAAUGUGAUGAAUAUAUCCCAGGCACAACCUCCUUAGGUAUGUCUGUCUUUAACCUAAGCAACGCCAUCAUGGGCAGCGGGAUCUUGGGACUUGCCUUCGCCCUGGCGAACACCGGAAUCCUGCUCUUUCUGAUACUUCUGUCUUCAGUGACACUGCUGUCUAUAUAUUCAAUAAACCUUCUGUUGAUCUGUUCAAAGGAAACAGGCUGCAUGGUUUAUGAAAAGCUGGGAGAACAAAUCUUUGGCACCACGGGGAAGCUUGUAAUCUUUGGAGCCACCUCUCUACAGAACACUGGAGCAAUGCUGAGCUACCUCUUCAUAGUAAAAAACGAACUACCCUCUGCCAUAAAGUUUCUGAUGGGAAAGGAUGAGGCAUUUUCAGCCUGGUAUGUGGAUGGACGUGUCCUAGUGGUGAUCGUUACCUUUGGCAUAAUUCUCCCUCUGUGUCUCCUGAAGAAUUUAGGGUAUCUUGGCUACACUAGUGGAUUUUCCUUGAGCUGUAUGGUGUUUUUCCUAAUAGUGGUUAUCUACAAGAAGUUUCAAAUUCCCUGCAUUGUUCCAGGGCUAAAUGCAACAAUACCUGCUAAUUUAACAAAUGCCGACAUGUGUACGCCAAAAUAUGUUACCUUCAACUCAAAGACUGUGUAUGCUCUACCGACUAUUGCAUUUGCAUUCGUCUGCCAUCCAUCAGUCCUGCCAAUUUACAGCGAGCUUAAAGAUCGAUCACAGAAAAAGAUGCAGAUGGUUUCAAAUAUCUCCUUUUUUGCCAUGUUUGUCAUGUACUUCUUGACUGCCAUUUUUGGCUACUUGACAUUCUACGAAAACGUGCAAUCAGACCUCCUUCACAAGUACCAGAGUAAAAAUGACAUUCUCAUCCUGACAGUGCGACUGGCUGUCAUUGUUGCUGUCAUCCUCACAGUGCCGGUGUUGUUUUUCACGGUUCGUUCAUCUUUAUUUGAACUGGCUAAGAAAACAAAGUUUAAUUUAUGCCGUCACAUCUUUGUUACCAUCAUGCUCUUGGUUAUUAUCAACUUGUUGGUGAUCUUCAUACCCUCCAUGAAAGAUAUUUUUGGAGUCGUAGGAGUUACAUCUGCUAAUAUGCUUAUUUUCAUUCUUCCUUCAUCUCUUUAUUUAAAAAUCACAAACCAGGAUGGAGAUAAAGGAACUCAAAGAAUUUGGGCUGCCCUUUUCUUGGGCCUGGGGGUCUUGUUUUCCCUGGUCAGCAUUCCCUUGGUCAUCUACGACUGGGCCUGCUCAUCUGAUGGAGGCCACUGAGACCAGCUAAGAAAAAGAAACAGUCCAGCCUGCUGCUCAGUCAAGUCACCACACAUCAGCAACCCUCAUCACUUCUUUUGCAAGUUUACAGAAGCAAACAAAUUUACAAGAUACUUAAAAUGGAAUAACACUUGAGUAGCAAAACAGAGACCUGUUUCUAUAAUGGUUGAUGUCCCUCCAAGAUUUGGGAUCAAUUAUGGAGCAUGGAUUUUUUUUUUUUUUCAGAUUUCACGCAAUAGGAUUUCUCAGUACUUUCCACAGUCAGUUACUUUUCACUCUCCUGACUCUAUUUUUCGUGACUUCAUGAUUUCUUAGAACUUUGAAAACAAGAUCAUCAAUCAUGUUUAUUUAUUAUACAUCCAGAUUCUGAAAUCAUUUUCCUACUGAUGUUUUGCUCACACUCUCUGUACCUUUUUAGAAGAGAAACGAAUCUUGACUUGUAUAUAUUUAUUUUGCUUUACAGAAGAAAAAAUGAUUUCGUAAAUAAUUUGCCUAUUUUGGUUAACAUAGCACAUGGGGAUAAUCAUAUGAGGGUCACAGGGCUCAUGCCAUUGCUGGAUCAGAGCAUGCCCAAUAUUUGAGGUGGCUCUGAUCACCUGGCCAGCAGUCCCGUGGCCUCACUGGCUCUAUGCUCUGCUCCAUGCAGAGAAGAGGGUGGAAAUGAUUCUUACUUUGGUGAAUAUAUUAAACUGCACAUUUCGGUAAUCUAGCAAAUGAAGUUUUGUUUUCCUCUUGGCAAAUUGUGUCAAAGUUACUCUUAGCUGAGUCAAUUUCUACUGGGGGAGACCCAUGACACCUUUCUAAUAAAUUAAGGAGCAAGAAUACUGCAAAAAGAUUGUGCAAAUUGCCUAAGAAAAUAUUCUUCCGAUGUAGGUAGCCAUCAACCUUCCAUCUACACUGUAUUGUUGAAGGGGAAAAACGUUUCCUUGAAUUAACAAAUUCAGCAGCUUUUACUCAUCUCCACCAGCUUUUUGCACAGAGAAUAAUGUGUAUCUAACCAAGGAUGAUCUAGGAUAGGUAAUUCCUGUUUUAUAUUGGGUACUUUAGGGGGGUCUUUAAAAGACUUGUUUUCUACCUAUAAAUUUAGGUUAUUACAAAUACAAGAUUUUUGUAUCUUACAGAAGCCUCAUUCCUAUUUUGUCUCCAUUAACAAUCCAUUCCAGAGUCUUGAAAAAAAGAAAGAGAAAGAGAACCCUCAGAGAUAGUCUUUGAGAAGAACUUGUGACAAAGUCACUGAGUACCUUCCUUCCCCCAGAUGAGGACCUUGUGCCUGCGCUGUUUCCUCUUCUUGCCCCAGCCGAGGGCGGGCCAUGUCUGCCCGCCCAGGGUAGCCCACACAGGAGGGCGGAAUUGCCUCACACUCUUACCCCAGCCCCUCUCCUAAAGGGGUAGAAAAGAAGCUACACAGAGACUGAGAAGGAAGGGGGUUUGGGACAAGGCAGCUUGGAAAGCUGUGGGGACAGAAGCCCAGAACUGUAUGACCCCUAAACUGGGCUAUCAGCUUUGAUUUGAUUGUCCAUAUCACACAGUAAGAAAGGUGUGCGCUCUGUGUGUGCUGGUCUCUUGAAACAGGCCUUGUGUUUUACCUAUACUGUGGCUGAAUUUCUCAAACACAUAAGUUCGCUGAGCACAGACUUAUUGUCCUAAGAUAAGUAGAGCCUAACUGUAGACUCUUGGCAGAGUUUCCAGGGACUGAGCUCUGAGUUCUGUCCUCCCCUACUGGAAUCUUCAGAGACCUCCAUGCUCACCCGGAGAACAUGGAAUUGUCCCAUCCUCUGUACAGAAUAAUGUCCCACAGAAAAGGCAUCGGAGCACCUUUUGGGGUGAUCCUUUUGGGAGGGAAGGCAAGGUUAUCUUCUGCACUUCUUAGUAGGGUCAUCAAACCUUUAAUGUAAUGUUCCAGAAUUAUAUCCACAUUAGGUCAGAGUUCAGGUAUUUAGAUAUGAAUACCUACCUAUAUAUGAGUACCUAACCCAGUAAAAUACACUGCCCUUUUCAGCAGUAUCUUCCAUAUUAGAUGAACAGGGAGAGAAACUGAGCAAAACAAGUCAAAUCCUUGUCUAAAGCACCAAGUAAUGAAAUAGCCAGAUAGUGGGAUGACCCUCCAUUUAAAAAAAGUACAUAAUUUAGUUUGCAAGCUAUAUUAUGAUACUUUCUCUCUUCUCAUUAAUUUUACACUCACAAAGUCAAGUUAGAAAAUUAUCAUUAGCUCUUGGGGGAGAAGGAUGGAUAGUGAUAUUUCUGGAUCUCUGGAUUUUGUGUGUCAGUACAAGGAAUUAUUAUUUAAAAUAUAUUUAUUUAGAGGAGGCACAUUGUUGUUGAUGUCUAUGAUACCACAGGUUUUUAAAAUCUUCUUUGUAUGUUUAUCUAAGUUGAUUGUUGACUGAAUAUAAUAUACCAUAUGGUAAUUUGUCAAAUAUCAUUGAUUAAUUAUAUCAUUUGUGUGGGGUUAGUUGUAAAGUAUACUGCUCUUAAUCUUCUUGUUCAGAAUAGUGAACUGGUAGCCAAAAAUAUAUGUAUCACAGAUGUUAGGUAGAAUUUGAACAACGCAGUCAAGUGCUAUAGAAGUUUUUCUGCUAAAUUAGUAGACUAAUGAAUAUUAUACCUUAGCCAUUGGGAACAGCACGUUUUCCUUUGGUAGAUAGAUCCCAGCACUAGUGAACAGUGCCAGUUUCAUACUUUGGAUUUAGAACUGUUCUCUACGUAUUGUAAUACAGAAUACUGUAAAUCCCUAAUUUCCUUAAUGUUACUUAUUGGAAGUGGGGGUAGUAAAGCGUGUACAGGAAAUAAAUUUAGUCUUGUUAAGCAGAGGCAGUCCCAAGUUAUAAGCUGAUCAUACUGCAAAACUCUGUCAGUUGGUUGUGUGCAACCUGGAAUGUAUUUUCCUUUAUAAUGGUGGUUAGGCCCCCAGACCAGAUAGAAAAGAUUAUCAAACCCAUCGUUUAGGUGAAAUAGGGUACUAUAACAAGAUUGCUAAAGAGCCUAACCACUAAAUAUAAUAGUAUUUCCAGGGGGUAUUUGUUCAGAGUUGCCAAGAAUAUGCCACUCCUUUUAGUGGAAUCUUGAUUGCCCACCUCACCACACACCACCUGCUGGACGCUGGGAGUAGGGUCGUCAUCAGUUGGAAGUGACUACAAGUGGCCUAAAGCAGGGUCUUCAGCAAAGGAGGGGAAGGAAAAGUCUGGGGCUAGGAGAGAAUCUGGGGAUAGGAGGAGCGUGAAGGAGGAUGAGGGGGACUCUUGUGGAUUGAAAACCGCCAGGGACAUUCCUCAGCUGAUACCCUUCCUUUUUUUGGAGGUCUCAGACUUGGCCUGUCUGCUUCUAUUUUUAGGAUCUUUUGCUCCUAUAGUUCAUUUCCUUCCCUGCCCAGCACGUGCGCGCGCACACGCACACACACACACACACACACACACACACACACACACACACAAAAGAUAUUGCUGCAUCGUUUCUCGCAUAUGCCAGUCAUUGGAGCCAGCACACAGCACCUUUAAUGGGUUUAGUGCUAGUAAACCAUGGUUUAACUGCCCAGUAAUCAGAUGGGGGUAAAAGCUCUCUACUCACUUUCCUUUCUUCACAGUUUCAUACCCUGGGAGAAAGGCGCACAUGGGUGAUGGAUGUGGGGUUUGGGGAGGACAAAGGACUGUGGUAAGAUUGUGCAGUACUUCAGAGGACACCUUAGUUAGCCAGGAACUGACUUUUUUCUGGAGCUGGACUCAAGCCUCAAAGUCUGGGGUUCUCAAAGUGGUCCUUAGACCAGCCAGCAGCAUCACUACCACCUGAGAACUUGUUGGAAUGCAAAGGCUCAGGUCCCACCUCAGACCUAGUGACAUCAGAAGCUGGGAGAUAGAGGAGCAAACGAUGUUUUAACAAGCCCUCAGGUGAUCCUGACACUCAUCAAGCUUGAGAAUCACUCAGAGCCAGUUAGUCUCUCCUUUCCCCCCCCCCCCCCCCAUUAGUCUCAGAGGAUCCUUCACAGGACUCACGGGACAAGGAGUGGGAACAGGACUUAGGAAUGUGAGGAAAGGGCCUCAGCACCAGGGUCUCCCCCCUCCCACUGGAAAGGCUGGUGCAGAGGCCGCCUGCACUUGGUGUAACUUUGGGCUGAGGCACGAUAAAAUCACAUAUUUUUAGAGCUGUGAAAAAAGGAAAGUGAGGUGUUAUUCUUUGGUUUGGCAGUGGGGGGCCAGGAGAAAUUUAAAGAAUAUACCUUUUGUAAAUGUAACCUUAGAAGAAAGACUGAAUUCGUGUCAGGAGUAAGUUCUCCAGGAGGAUUGGGUUCAUCCUGUUGUGAUCAGCCCUGUCCUCCUUUUAAAAUGAAUCCUCUACUGAAAGGUCUGCACUGCAUUAGAAGCUCCAAACUGCUCGGAAAAAGAGUGCAGAGAUCAGCUCCAUUUCAGUCUAUCAGGAUGCUGGACAGCACAUUUAAGUGGGGUGGGGAGCUGCACACUUAGUUGGGGUGAGGGAGAGGUCAGUGAUAUGAUCAGAUAUUUGAUUUUAUGCUUUAGAGCAAAAGCCAUUUGUUUCCCUCAGUUUAUCAAUAUAAAUAGCUUCAGGUUUAGAAAGGGCGUAAGCCUUAAGAAUAUAAUUCCUCCAUUCCAGUUCACGUAAAUUCCUAUCCACUUUCAAAACAAAGAAGAUACAGACUACAGCAUUGAGUGAUACUAAUGAUUUCCUUAGGGAUGGCAGAUCUGAGAAUCCUUUAGCAAUAGAACAUACUUCCUCUAAAAUGCAGUGAAUUGCUUAUAAUGAUGUAACGCUUUCAGGUACAAAUUAGGAGAGGGGUGACUAACAACUGAAAAAUAUCACUAAACUUAGAAGGGAAAGUUCUUGAAAAAUAGGUAGACAUCACAAGGCUUAGACAUUCUCUUUCUAAUUUAGGGUUUUCUCAGAGGGAGGGCUGUCAAACUGGGCCCAUCGGUAUACAAGCUUGAAGUUGGGUUUCUAAAAGGAAGAAUCUAUGCAGCUGAGGCUCACUGUAGGGAAUACUUCACUUGUAUGUAAAUAUACUGUACAUAACAGGAGACUGUAUAUUUUUGCAGUUGUUGAUCCACACUGAACUAGAAGUCUCUAGCAUCUGCAUAUCAAGAAUAAAUGUUUUCAUAGAUGUUAGUGGUUUUGUUUGGGAAUUAGAAAAAUUUACAUUCUUUCCCAGGUAACAUAGUUCUUUGAAUGUAAAAACCUAAAAAUCUAACUUAAUUGUUUAGAAAGAGAAAUAUCUGAGAAAUAGUUGCAUUGAUUUCUUAUACUGACAUUAUGAUCAAUUAUUUAAAAGACAGUCAUCUGAGCUACAAAUGAGGAAUAUUUAGACCCAAAUUAUUGUCAUAUAGAAAUAGGUAUACCCCAAAUGACCAACUGUUUCUUCUUAACACUCUCUCAUUGUUAACGCUGAUACCACUACACAGUAUUAAUGAAAACAGAUGUUGGGGAGGAGAAUGCUUUUUUUCAAAAUUGAAUUGCCACAUUUCCCAAACUUUGGGAUUUUGGAAAGGGGGGAAAAAAUCAGAACAUUAAGUAUGAGCACACAUUUGAAGGGGGGGAGGGGAAGCUUUAUUUUAUCAAGCUUUGGAAAUCUUUGCAUGUUUGCCUUCUAUUUUCAGUGUUGACGCCAACAUAAACUGUCUUUAAGUCAUUUUUCUCAGAACACUUGAAUCUUGAUCAUUGGUAUGUAAUCCACACUCUGGAGUCAGUGUAUUUUAGACUUCAUCUAAGUGCAGUACGUGCAGCACCCCACUGUUUUAUUAAUGUAAAAACCUUGCAAAUGAAUUUCAGAUGAGUGAUUUAAGUGAGUUGCAAGUCACGAAACUUUGCUAUUCAUACUUAAUCAAAUAGUUUCCCACCACCCCCACCCCCAGGAUGUGAUGUAAAUAAAGAAAUAUUAAGAAGUUCUGUUCUAUAACUGCUCUGUUAACAUAGUUUUUAAACAUUAAAAAUGUGAACUAAAAGCA